UUCUCUCUCUCUCUCUCUCUGUCUGUUCUGUGUGUCUUGGUUAAAUCUUCUUUGACAGAUGCCGCCUGUUGGGAUUAGGCAGUGGAUUAGAUGCCCUUGGCUCCCUCUCCCUCUCCCUCUCCCUCUCCCUGGCCACACCGCCAGACCCCGUGUGCCUCCACACUCCUGCAGAAAUGGAGAGAAAGCAGACGCGAGGUCAAGGAUCGCCCCCCAUGCCAAGCCAAGACGCAGGAGACGAGAUGCCCAUUGCCAAACACAAGAAGAGGAAAGCCAAAAAGGAGAUCCUUGAAGUGGAUGACCCUGAUGAGAAGAGUCCGGAGGAUGGGACAGAGAUGGAGGGCUUGUCCAGCCGCCGUGAGUCAGAGAGCAGGGAGCCCCUGACCCCAGAGCCUCCCCCCAGCCCACCACAGAAGAAGAAGAAGAAAAAGAAGGCUCAGAAUCUUGAGCUGGAGGGGGAUCAGGCUGAGCUGGCCAAUGGAGACGCGGCGGAGCAGCAGGCAGACGGAGAGGAGGUCACUAGGAGGACUAAGAGGAGGAAGAAGCCGAAGACGGUGGAGAUGCAGUUCCAUAACGAGCUGACGCUGGAGGAUGAGGAGCUGUCGGACGCUCACGCCUCCUCCAUCCCCCAGCGCUCGCUGUUCUCCGCCCCCAUGGGCCCCAACUUCCCCAUGGGCCCCAAGGGCUUCGUCGACCGGAACCGUGAGCGCCAGUUCCACCCUAGUGAGCGUAUGGACCUGCCCAGGCACAGCAUGCAGCUGGACGAGUUCAUGGAGGUCAGGACCAUGUGGUCCACACGGGACGUGGCCAUGAGGGUGCACAGCGGCUUCAGGAUCAUUGGGCUGUUCUCCCAUGGUUUCCUGGCUGGCUGCGCCGUGUGGAACAUCAUAGUGGUGUACGUGCUAGCAGGGGAGCAGCUCACCACCCUCCCCAACCUGCUGCAGCAGUACCAUCCCCUGGCCUACCCCGCUCAGUCUCUGCUCUACCUGCUGCUCGCUAUCAGCACCGUGUCUGCUUUCGACAGGGUGAACCUGGCCAAAGCCUCCAUGGCUCUGAGGGGACUGCUUACUCUGGACCCUGCAGCCCUGGCCUCCCUCUUGUACUUUGCGGCUCUCAUCUUGACUCUGAGUCAGCAGAUGACCAGUGAUCGCAUCCAUCUCUACCACACUGCCAAUGAAACACUCUGGCCUCCUGGAUCAGAGCAGCAGCUCCUAAAGCCCUGGAUCGUGGUGAACCUGGUGGUGGCUCUGCUGGUGGGUUUGGCCUGGGUGUUCAUCUCCACCCGGCCUGACAUGGACUACACCGAGGAGUUCCUGAUGGCGAUGGAGGUGGAGGAUUACAGACAUGAUGACAGGCUGGAUAUCCCAGCCUGAGGUCAUCACUGAAGACCAUUUCAGCAUUCAUUUCGAAGGGACAUUUUUUUUGUACAGAUAACAUGUGAAUAGAUUAUAGCUGUGGGUAUUUUUUUAUUAAGAGAAAUAAAGUCAGUCGUGGACAU